GCCAAAACCCAGAAUCUUCUGAGAGGACCAAUAAUCGAUUAUCACUUGUUGACAAUCGAUUAUCUGGGUUACCGUUGUCCUCCAACGGAUAGAAUUUUAAAUUUUUGGACAGGGAAUCUUUGGAUAAUCGAUUAUCAAGCUUUGACAAUCGACUAUCACCCUGUGUCUCUGAAAAAAUUGUCUUCAUCCUGUUGGAAACUCUAGAAACGGAUUUAUCCCAUUUUGGGCUAUAAAAUGGCACCCAAAUCCUCUCAUUUUAAUACACAAUUCUUCAACAUUUCAAUACUCCUUCAUUGCAUAAGCAUUCCUAUUUUUCUUAGCUAUUUGAGAGCCAAUUCUUGAAGAAAUUGUCGUGUUCUUGAGCGUUUACUAGUUCACUCAUAUUUACUCUUUAGUCUUGAAUGUCACUGGAACCAACAUGAAUGGCACCCUCCUUGAUUUAUCAAAGCUGGCCAGCUUAGAGGUUCUUGACUUGUCCAUCAACUAUUUUUCUGGAGAAUUCCCAUCUUGGGUUGCAAAUCUUACCGGUCUUGUCUCGUUUGGCCUCGGCGAAAAUGAUUUCAACGAGGGAGGAAUUCCGGAGAGCAUUGGGAAUUUGAAGAAACUAACAUGGCUAUACCUGGCCGGUUCAAAUUUGGUAGGAGAAAUCCCAAAGACUAUUUUCAGCUUGGAGGCAUUGCAGACAUUGGAUAUCUGCAUGAAUCACAUCUCUGGGAAUCUCCCGAAGAUGAUAGGCAAUAUGACAAACCUCUACAAAAUAGAACUCUAUAGCAAUAAUCUGACGGGCGAGCUUCCUCCUAAACUUGCAGCGCUCACCCUCUUGGAGGAGUUUGAUGUUUCUAAUAACCAGAUGCAUGGUACGCUCCCUCAAGCCCUCGGAUCCCUGAAAAAGUUGACCGUUUUUCAGGUGGCGAGAAACAACUUCUCAGGAGUAAUCCCUCAAGGAUUUGGCAAUAUGCAGCAUCUCAUUAGCUUUUCCGUAUUCGAGAACAGGUUUUCUCGUGAUUUCCCAGAAAAUCUUGGCAGGUUUUCACCACUAAGGAGCAUAGACAUUUCUGAAAACCAAUUUUCUGGUGGAUUCCCAAAAAACUUGUGUCAGAAUGGAUCUGCUACAAACUUGAACCAGUUAUUUCUGUCAAACAACAAAGUCUCACGUUGGCUGCCAAAAGAAGUUGGAAAUCUCUCUCUCUUGGAGAGGCUUUACUUGGACAACAAUGGUUUCUCUGGCUUGUUACCAUCCAAUCUUGGUGUGUUAAAGCAAAUGACGUCCUUGCAUCUGGAGAAAAACUCAUUCAUCGGACCAAUCCCUGUGGAAUUAGGUGACUGCCGUAGGUUGGCAGAUAUAAAUCUUGCUUAUAAUAAGCUAAGUGGUGGCAUUACCGACUCCCUCACAGUGAUGCCCUCCUUGUUGAACUCCCUAAAUCUCUCAAACAACAAGCUGACCGGCUCAAUUCCAACAAGCUUAGGCGGCCUGAAACUCUCUUCAAUUGAUAUGUCCAACAACCAGCUAUACGGAGAAGUUCCUUAUGAUCUGUUGAUGAUGGGAGGAGACAAGGCAUUCCUUGCAGUGAAGCAACUGUGGAAAGGAGAUGGAGUGAGAGUUCUAGCCAGAGAGAUGGAGAUUCUGCGGACGGUCAGGCAUAGAAAUAUAGUGAUACUCUAUGCAAGUGUAAUGAAUGGAGGUUCAAAUUACUUGGUUUUUGAGUACAUGGCAAAUGGCAAUCUUUUCCAAGCACUUCACCGCAAGAUCAAACUUGGGAAGCCAGAAUUGGAUUGGGAUCAGAGGUAUGAAAUUGCACUAGGAGCUGCUAAAGGAAUAUCUUAUCUGCACCAUGACUGUCACAGAGAUAUCAAGUCCACCAACAUUCUUCUUGAUAAGGCUUAUGAGGCCAAAGUUUCAGAUUUCGGUGUUGCAAGAACUUCUGAACUUUCUCAAAGAGGGUCUGACCUCAGCUUUUUUGCAAGAACUCAUGGUUACAUGGCUCUCGAGAUGGCCUAUACACUUCGGGUGACAGAGAAAAGUGAUGUGUACAGCUUUGGUGUUGUGCUUUUAGAACUGGUAACAGGAAGAAAUCCAAUAGAUGAUGCUUACGGAGAAGGGAAGGACAUAGUCUACUGGGUCUCGACGCAUUUAGAAAACCGUGAAAGUAUUCUGAGAAUUCUUGAUCUUGAUGUAGUUUCAGAACUAGUCCAGGAUGACAUGAUUAAUGUCCUGAGGAUAUCCACAAUCUGCACCACAAAGCUACCAAAUCUUCGGCCGACAAUGAAAAAUGUUGUCAGAAUGCUUGUUGAUGCCGAGCCCUUAGAACUCAAGUCUAGUGGGAAUCAUGACAAAACAGGGACGCCCCUCUAGUAGAAGAUUCCUUGUGUGAGCGCGUGUUUGUGUGUGUCUACAAAUAGAUAUAUAGACACAUUUUAUUUUAAUUCCAGCCCAAAGAAGGAGAAGAAAACAUCAAUGCUCCAUGGUUGUAUACUAAGGAGGAAGAAGAAGAAGCAAGAAGAAAACCAUAAAAGUCUCAAAAUCCUGAAACCAAAACACAUCAGUCCACUUUGAGGAACAUCCGGAAGGUAUCGUAGAGAAGGUUCGGCGUUAGAAUAUUGAAGUUAAUGAGAUAAUCGUCGGAAUCGUUGUUCGUUGGAACAUCCAAAAUCCUGGCAGCAACUAUGAGUCCACUUGUGAGCUAUAUUUGACCACUUUAAACUCAUUAUUUUAACAUGGUUGCUUCAUAAAAGUUGUAGCCUUACGUCUUAGGAAUCCACAGAAUCAAUUGGUUUGCGAUUCCGUGAAGAAACGAUGGAGAUAUGCUCAAAAUACCGCAGGCUGUCCAAUUGUUUCGGAAAUGACAAAGUUGGUGAAUUUCGAUGUUGUUUCCACUCCCGCUCAUCCGUAAGGUUUCGGCCAAUGAUUUCCAGGUCAGUACCUUUGCGUUAGACUUGUCGAAUCAUUCAUCACAUACGUACAUGAACAUAUAUGUUAAUCCAUAUGUUGAAAUCAUCCCAAAAUAUAUAUGUGACACAUAUAUUAGUCAUCUUUGUGUUAAGAACAAAAUAUGCCAAAUCCAUAAAGUUAAUAUAUAUAUAUAUAUAUAUAUAUAUAUAUAUACACACACAUAAGUAUAUAUAAACAUUUGAGAUCAACCCAAAAAUGUAUAUAUUAAUCAAAGGUGUUUAAAAGACUUAAAGAAGUAUUUUGGACACUCAAAAUAUCAAGAGAAACUUUCACAGACCUAAACGGUCGACGCAAAGGGUCGACCGCCGCGUUAAACUUCGAGACGAACCAGGACUGUCAGCCAAACGGUUGACCGCCGGUGGCUGACGGUCGACUGCCGCCCGCCGAGCCGAGGACCGUCUUUCUCAGUUAGUCAACAACGGUCAACCGCCGGUCAACCAAAGUCGACCGUCACGGUGUUCCGAGCCCCGUAACUUAUUUUAAUGAUAUUUUUAUCAGAUUACAUCCAAAUAAAAUAAAGUAUAUUUAUCCAAUCAUGUUGCUUACAAAUUGUUCAUAUCAUGUGAUUCAUUUCAUCAUUCAUAUUGAAACAUAUCACAUCAUGUGCAUGCGCAAGAGAUCAGGCUGAAGUGCUUCUCUUGUAGUUGUGAUUGUGCGGGACUUAGCAGUCCGACAUCACGGACCGGGCUUAGUGUACGUACAUGGUACUUAGAUUUUCGAGUACCACCCCUAUUUCUGCGUGAGUUCGUCGUACCAAAUGGGCGAAUCUCAUAGUUCAAGGCUCGUCCUUGCGACUUAGAAUCAUACAUCAUGAAGUCAUCAUCAAGUAAAAUCAUCAUGAUUAUGUGUGACAUCAAUUACGCAUCAUGUUAUCAUCAUCAAGUACAUCAAUUACAUAGAUGUCAUGUAAUCAUCAUCAAGAACAAGUAUAUAUGGAUUAUAUGAGUAUCAUGUAAUCAUCCUCACAAGCAAAUUGAUUUAUUGUGCCAUCAUGUAAUUAUCAUUAAAUAUUUAUCAUCAUGAUUCAUCAGAUUG